AUCACGUGCCUUCGAACAUACACGCGCGGUGUGGCAAACGGUGAGAUCUUGAGAUCUUGAGACCUUCGACUCUGUCCAGCUCGUCCUCGUCAACCAUCAUAUAUCCACGGAGAACAGGCUCCCUACUGCUAUUCGGAAAGGCUUGACGGCGAUUUGCACGACGAACGCACAGCAUGUCGAAUGGCGCUGCAAGACCGUCCACGCCCAUGCGUGCCAUUACUUCUACCCUCUCAACACGAUCCGCUCCGGCAGUACCCCCAGCAACGCAGACUUACGAACCACUUGUAAAAGGCGUGCUACGGCACCGCUUGCUGUACAACAUUCUUGCACCCUCUCUAUUGUACUCUUGGGCCCUCGCCAACGUCUGGUCAAAUUGGAGCCAAGGCGGUUUCGCGCAUCUAGGACUCUGGGGAUCGCUGGUCGACUGUAUAUCACCGUUGACGUUGACGCAAGCCGCUUUUAUCUGGCUAUUGGGGGUGGUGCCGGCUUUGGUCGUUCGGAAUAGGUUUCUCACAGCAACAUCAACACCAGCCUCAUCUCCAUCCAAAAUGCUCAGUGCUGCUCUCACGAAGCGGAGUACAACAUACGCUCUGGCAACGUAUCUCGUCUCCGGAGUAUCGCUCGUCGCCAUGCACAUGCUUCUUGCGAACUUUUACGAACCGACCCCGAGUGGCCACCCACGAUUCUCAUUGUUUGUGAAGUCACGAAAACACCCAUUUUAUGUGAACGGACGCGUCCUCUAUAUGUUGUUCUCCCAGAUCACGUUAGCGUUCACGUACCUCUUGCGCACGGUACUGCUGGAUCGAUUUGCCGUCCGUUGGACACAGAUCCCCGCAGAGUCAGACGCGCCAGAGAAGUACCCGUUCCGCCUCGCAAGAGUAGUAACCACGCUCAUCACCAUCGGGCUGUUCGUCGGCCUCUCGACCAUCGGAUACACCGUCCUCUUCGGGCUUGUGCGAUCGAUAGCAUUGCCUCUCGUCUAUGCUCUGCCAUACGCUUCCCAGUUUAUCCGGCCUUUCACUGCGCACUUCCUGAGAGGGCCGUGGACAAUCACGCUACUCGUCCGCAACUGGUCACUCGUGUGGCGGACAUUCUUCGUCGGCGUGACCACCGCUGCAUGUUGGGAGUUUGCAGAGAGCCCGUUGGACGAGACUGUCACCGUGGCGCAGGCCACGGCGGACCCGGCGCUUACGCUCGUCUCGGGCAUCACCUCCACAGACGGCUUCUUCAAGCAGUUUGCCUACGCAGAAUUGAACCACUUUGCCAGUGAGGACUCACCGGCUGCGGGUGCACGCCGCUCGGCAUUAUUCGCGGAUCAGAAAUACAACCCGAAUUUGUGGACGUGCCUCUGCCGCGAAUCGCUCCUGACGCUUGGAAAGGACUACCAACUCUUCUUGCGGAAAGGAGAGGCGGCGCCUGCAGCAGCAGCGGCGCCUGCGCCACCCAAGCCCGCCACACCACUCCCCGCCAAGGCGACCCAGCUCAUCCGCGCACCCAUCCUCAAAGGCUCGCCCACCUCCCCGCUGCGCGCCGCGCUCGACACGCUCGCGUCCGACGGCCCGCUCUCCACCGCCGUCGCGACGACCGCGGACGACGCCGCUUCACACAUCCCCGAGCUCUUCCGCUCCGUCAUGCACGCGAGCCCGUCCGCGGAGCGCGCAGUUGAGGCCGUGCAGAAGAGCGAGGAGCGUGUCGUCGGCCUGCUUGAGGAGACGCGGGGCAGGUGGCAGGAGGGCUUGGGCGCCGUCGUGAAGAGCCGUGCGCCGCAGCCGGUGCUCGCGCUCGCGGGGGACGUGGGCCAUUGGUGGACGAGGGAGCGGGUGAACCGUAAGGUGGAGAUGUCCUUGCCGAACAGGAGGCUGGAUGCCCUUGUCAUCAGUGUGCUGUGCCAUCUCGUCUGUGCAUCGUUGACCGAAGACCGGUAUGGCGUCGUCCAGCGAGACAUUCCGAAGAUCCUCGAGGCACUGCUGUCUUUCCUCAGCGCCAUCGAGGAGUACCAGGCCGAGGUCAACAAGCUGCACGUUCCCCUCACAGAAGAAGACAUUCAACAGCUGCCUGUGAAAGAGCUCGCGCAGAAGGAGCGUCUCGCGACAGAGGUCGCUAGAGCGGGUGAGGUGUUGGGCGAGGUCGGUGAUGCUGUCAAGAGCGGUGUCGGUCAGAUCGCGAGGACGUUCGGUGACAAGCUUGCUGCGUUCAAGUUCCCGCCACGAAUUGCACAGAAGCUACAGGGUUAUGUGGACUACGCAUGAACAUGAAUCGUCAAUCGGUAGACUAGUAAUCGGUCGUGCUCUCUCACUGGGACAAGGACCACUGUGUAAUCAAACCUUCGUUGGAGAUCGUUGUAUAGAUCAUUAUUGGGCAGGGGCAGGAGAUAUGCU